AUGGGAAGUUGUUCAUCUAGAAAAGAAUUUAAGAAGUAAACAAAUACUAUGGUUAAAUUAGAAGAAUAUAUAAAAAAUGUAGAUCAUAACAACAAUGCUCAUGAUUAAGCAUUAGUCAUUUUAUAUCAAAGCAGAAAUUAACGUUCAAAUCAUUUAAAUGAACCUGUUUUAAGUGGUUUUGCCAAACAGUUUUCCAGAACAACAGAUUAAUCUCAAUAAAGAAAUUCUACUUGA